CGACGCGACAGUGUCGCACUCCGUGGUGGUACCCUAUUGGCAAUGGCGGACGCAACGGAAGGCGGCACCGUGAAGAUGGCGGCUAACGAGAGAACAGCCGAGGAGCUCAAGGAGAAGGCGAAUAAAUACUUCAAAGAGAAGGACUACGACAAUGCCAUCAAGUAUUACUCAGAGGCUCUGGAGCUGAAUCCAGACAAUGCCAUCUACUACAGCAACCGCAGCCUGGCGUACCUGCGCACGGAGUGCUACGGCUACGCUUUGGCCGACGCCACACGAGCCCUGGAGAUCGACAAAAACUACGUGAAGGGCUACUACCGACGCGCCACCUCCAACAUGGCCCUGGGCAAGUUCAAGGCUGCACUCAAAGACUAUGAAACGGUGGUUAGGGUGCGGCCCAAUGACAAAGAUGCCAAGAUGAAGUACCAGGAGUGUAACAAAAUAGUAAAGCAGAAGGCCUUCGAGAGAGCGAUCGCCAGCGACGAGCUCAAGAAAUCGGUGGUGGACUCCUUGGACAUCGAGAAUAUGAUGAUCGAAGAUGACUACACGGGACCGAAGCUCGAAGAUGGGAAGGUGACGCUGAAGUUCAUGAAAGAGUUGAUGGCUUGGUUUAAGGACCAGAAGAAACUGCACAGAAAGUGUGCUUAUCAGAUUUUGGUUCAAGUCAAAGAGGUUUUGUCGAAACUCCCAAGUCUUGUAGAAAUAACAUUAAAAGAGGCAGAGAAGAUCACUAUAUGCGGUGACACGCACGGCCAGUACUACGACCUCCUCAACAUAUUUGAGCUCAACGGCUUGCCGUCCCCAACCAACCCCUACCUUUUCAACGGCGACUUUGUGGAUCGCGGCUCCUUUUCCGUGGAAGUCAUUUUCACGCUCUUCGGGUUCAAGCUGCUCUACCCAGACUCCUUCCAUCUGCUGAGGGGGAACCACGAGACGGACAACAUGAACCAAAUGUACGGCUUUGAAGGCGAGGUGAAGGCGAAAUACACGGCCCAGAUGUUCCAGCUCUUCAGUGAGGUCUUCCAGUGGCUGCCCUUGGCGCAGUGCAUCAACAGCAAAGUGCUGGUAAUGCACGGAGGUCUUUUCAGCGAGGACGGAGUGACGCUCGAUGACAUCCGCAAAAUUGACAGGAACCGACAGCCUCCUGACUCAGGCCCAAUGUGUGAUCUUCUGUGGUCAGACCCUCAGCCCCAAAAUGGACGGUCGAUCAGCAAGAGGGGCGUGAGCUGUCAGUUUGGCCCGGACGUGACGGAGCGCUUCCUUAGCGAGAACAAGCUACAGUACAUAGUGCGCAGCCACGAGGUGAAGAGCGAGGGCUAUGAGGUCACCCACUCGGGGAAGUGCAUCACCGUCUUCUCAGCACCCAACUACUGUGAUCAGAUGGGUAACAAAGGAGCCUACAUCCACCUCAGGGGAUCUGACCUCAAACCAGAGUUCCACCAGUUUUCUGCUGUGCCUCAUCCGAACGUGAAGCCCAUGGCGUACGCCAACACCCUGCUGCAGCUGGGAAUGAUGUAGAUGCUUGUGUGAGCGUGUGAGAGUGUCUGUCUGCAGCUGUGGUGUCUUUAGAUGUCCACCUUCGCCCCUUGUUGUACACGGGCGGCUCUGAUCGCAGCUAACCCUGCUUGUUCCACUGCCCCCGUGUCCUGUCCCGCACAAACACACUCGCUCACAGCCGACGGGUUCUUCUUCACUGCUCCCUUUGGAAAAUUACCUGCUUUGGUGUUAACGGUUUAAAUUAACAAGGGGGGUCAGCAUGGAGUGUUUACAUGGGGCAGUGAAGAGCUCAUCUUUUGUGUUUGCGUGUGUGUGUGCGCGUGCAGUCGAAGAUGAACCCGUCAGCUUUUCCCCUUGCGGCGCAGGAGAAAUAACUUGUCUGAACGCAGCAAGGGACACACUCGCCCGGUCACACAUCAAGUGGGUGUGUGUUUGAGUUUGGGGGGGGGGGGUGGUUUCCUCAUUUGGAAAUAACACACAAUUUUCGCAGAUUGCAUUUUCAUACCUCCAUACGGUACACUCUCUGAUACCCACGAGGUGUUUCGAAGAGCUCAGACAACACGAUGUCCCUCGCCCCCACUCAGCCGCUGUUGGCAACAGGGAGAUGCGGAACGCUCAAGUCACUUUGCUGAAACGCACAGACAAUAUCAUCAGCCUCAGUGUGUGUGUGCGUGCGUGACACUGCCCGCUCACAGGUGAUUACAAGACAUAUCACAGACAUGUAGAUCCAUCUUCCUGUUUCUGAAGCGUGCAGCAGCAGCACCAUCCCAGGCUUUUUAGAAGAUGUCAUACAAACUGUAUGUGUGUGUAUAUAUACUGUAUAUCAUUAAGAUUCCAGUGUACAUGUUUGAAGGUGCAAGACAAACAGCCAAGAGAAGUAAAUAAAAUGGUCUCCAGUGAUUUUAAGCGA